AAUGCAAUAUUGGAAGACAAUUAAUUGCCCGACUUUUUUAUACGAUCUCUGAUCUUUAUAAGUUUUCUUGAAAGAACUAUUGAAAAAAACAUCGACAAUUUUGUGAUUGUGUGGGAUGGUUGAAUUUGAUCUUAUAUUUUGUGGAAAAACUCAUCAUUUUCGGAAUAAUACAAGGCAUCGCUUUAAGUAUGAGUAAAAUUCCAUGUUUAGAACUGAGAUAAAAGCUCUUUUGGUUGAUUGCGUAACGCCAACAUUUAGUGAAUGAUGUCUCUAAUUUCACACAUGAAAAGGUAAAAAUGACAAUUGUCAGGGACCAAUAUAAAAUGGACCCAUUCGGUGCUUAGUACUCGUGACGAACUAAAUUUACGUGUUUACAUACUCAGUGUUAUCGUAAAGACACUUUUUCUUGCUUUGUCUUGAUGCACUCGCAACGAUAACUUGACUCCGAAAGCUUUAUCAAUAAUUAGUGUUGAUUAGUCCUUAUUACAAAAGAGCAAACAAACAUUUUUAACAACGCUAAUUAAAUCAUCGAUCAAUGUGUUGACGUGAUUACUUCUUAUAUAAAGCUUGUAAGUAAAAACAAACUAAGCAUUUCUACUUGGCAGUUAAACAAACACAGCAUAAAAACGUGAGACAAGGACACAAAGUGAAAGUCAGAAGACCAACAGAAGAAGUUACCGUACAUCAGCCAAUGAUUUUGAUAAGAGACAAAGAAUACGUUGUCAGAGGUUAAACUUAAGAAAUCUCCGAUUUAUUACUGGAUUUAUAACAUUGCGUUGUUCAAAGUGUAGUCACUGGAACAUUGUAUGGAAUUGUGUGGAAGGUCAGCAGAAGAGAUUUUCAUGGCGGAGUUGUCAAAUCAUUCUUAUCAUUACAAAAGCAGUAGCUUGAGCGUACCCAGGGAGAGUGGAGAAAACGCAACGAAGAAGAAGACGCGAAGAAGAAAAAGAAUGUUAACUGGUGUAAGCAAACAAAGACGUGCUGCAAACGAAAGAGAAAGAAAAAGACUACAAAUCAUUAACUCUGCUUUUAAAGAUUUAAAAUCAGCUUUACCAUUGUUUCCCAAUGAAGAAAAUAUUUCCAAAAUUGAAAUUGUUAGAUUAGCGUCAAGAACAAUUAAGUAUCUUUCUGAUUUGUUAAAUGGUAAAGAAGAAAUGAGCCAAGCAAGAAGUCCUGGUGGAAGCGAGUCCUCUGAAAUGUCAUCAGAAGGAUCUGUUAGUAGCAAUUUUAGUGACCUAACUGACGUUGAGUCGACUCUUCUAGACUCUGCAUAUAUUGACUUAUCAUCAUUUCUUUUUCCUCCUGAAAAUUGUAACAUUACAGAGCUUGACUUAAGUGACAGUUCGUCAUCACUAGUGUCAACUACUGACGGAUUCAACGGGCUGGACAUAAACUCUUUUCUAAAGGACAUUGAUGUUACUAAUAACAACAAAAACAACAAUUUCAAUAUGGCGGACGGUAACGAUGACAGCAACGACGAUAUGUUUCCAAGUAUGAUAUUUUGAAAGAUAAAAAGGCAUGACCUCUUUGCUGAAUAUUGUGCAAUAUUAUAUUUUUCUAUACUAAUCGUUUUUGUAGCUCAUAUCUGCUGUAUGAUGUGGUUGACUAUUUUGUUUCAUUAUGUUAUGCUUUGAUAAAUUAUUUUUAUCUUUGCGUGGUUCUAGUAUAAAAGUCUGCAACAGUGAGACACAAAUGAAAAUAAAAAUAACCUUAUUAAUACUAGAGUCACUAACUUGCUGAAAAAAAGUCUUCUGUACUUGUUUAAUGUUAUACAGUCUGUAUCGAGAUUAUCUAAACCUUAUCUCAUAGGUUGUUCGCCAUUUUUCAAAAUUUUAAUGCUUACUUUUUGAGAAAUACAGAUUUAUUAUAGCUAGCUAGAGCGUAGAGAUUAUUUUUUGUUGUUGUAAAUAUCAUAAUUUUGUUAAGGUGUACAUAGUUAAUUUUUCAAUCAUGGAAUAUAUUUUGUAACGAUUAUAACGUAGCUAGGUAGGACAAAAAAUCUGCAUAACUCUACAAAAAAUUUUAAGUUGCUACAAAAUUGAACGUUAUUAGCUGGAAGAAGCGGUUACCAAACUUAGACGUCAAUAGUUGUAGAAGAGUUUACAUAAAGAAUAAAAUUUAAAUUGCAUUCUAUAUAGUGUUAACUUUAUCUCCCUUUCAUCAUGUUCAAGGUUUUCUAAUUUUAAGCAAUUUAAGGUUAUGUUAUGACAGUGUUUAAUGAGGCCUUUUGUUUUUUAACCAAAUUGAGCCUUAUUUGCUCCUUUUUUUAAAACAUGAAUCCUACAAAUCGCUACUUCAUUUUUGCGUCGUUAAAAAGUUUGUAAAACAUCUACUGUCUAUAAAUCUACUGUCUACUUUACUUGUCGCCACGGUUUGCUGCUAAUGUCAAAGCCACUAGCGCUUACUCUACGGCUAAAUAAGUGUUUUCGCCGCUGGCCUCGAUAUCAAAAAGGCAAAAGCCCUGGGAAUGAGGUUGUAUAAAUAGUAUCUUAUUUGUCAUUACUUUACACAAAUUGGUUUCUUUAAUUUCUAUUUGACUUUCAGCUACCCCCAAAAGCACAGUGAAAUCCUAAGGUAAUCACCUAAGCACCAAGUGCAUUCUUGUUCUGAAUGAUGUGUAAACAAAUAGAUCGAUACCCAUGCUUUAAAAAUAUCUGGCAUGACUUGACUAGACCUUGAAGUCACAAUCGUGUUGCAGUCGCAAAAUCUGACAGUUGGGUCUUUAGUUUGGAGUCUUUGGAACCAUUCUUUAAAAGAGAAUGCCUAAGAAAAAAUCCAGCUAUUAAGUUCUUUAGCUCUCUACUAAAACCGUUUGUAAGAUCUGCUUUUGAAGUUAAACAGAAACAAGCAAAAUAGUUUAUAAAACUGUUUAUAACUUUAAGGAUCACUAUAACAUCUAUUUUUCAUUUGAUAACUCUCUGUUCUUUCUCCGAUAAGUAAGUAAGAUGCUACUCCACGA